GGGUCGGGAUUCGUCGUGGACCCAUCCGGUCUCGUCCUCACCAACUGCCAUGUGGUUCGCGACGCGGCGGCACGCGGUGGCACAGUGACGGUGACCCUCUCCGACGGCGUCACCCGGCUGCGCGGCGUCGUCGAGCACUCGGACGCCAUUUCUGACAUCGCGGUCGUGCGAGUGAACCACCACGCUGCACUACCCGCAGCAGAGCUGGGCUCGUCGUCCGACCUCCGGCCCGGAGAGUUUGUGGUGGCGCUGGGAGCGCCGCUGGGCCUGACCAACUCGGUCUCCUUCGGCAUCGUGUCUGCCAUCGAGCGCACCCGCUCGGAGCUCGGCUUGCACGACUCGCUCGGCGCACGGAACACGACAGCGUAUAUCCAGACGGACGCGUCCAUAAACUCUGGCAACUCGGGCGGCCCGCUCCUCGACGUGCAUGGGCGCGUGAUCGGCGUCAACACCAUGAAGGCGAUGGGGAUGGACGGGAUCGCCUUCGCCGUGCCCAUCGACGAGGUGAAACGCGUCGUGCGCCAGCUGACGGCGCACGGCCGCGUCCUGCGGCCGUACCUCGGCCUCAAGUUCAUCGAGCUCUCCGAGCCGGUGGCGGAGGAGCUCAACGCACGCGCCGCCGAGAAGGAGUCGCGCGGGCUCUUUGGCGGCGGCCACGUCGCGCGCGUGCCGGCGCGAGGCUUGUACGUGAUGCACGUGACGCCCGGCUCGCCGGCGCAGCGCGCGGGCUUCCGGAUCGGCGACACGAUC